AUGGGCUCCUCGAUAAUUAACAUUCAACGCGACUUUAUAUUGAACACAAUCCGCAAUGCCGGUGGCCAUGAGUGGAAAGUGUUGGUGGUGGAUGAAACCAGCAAGAAAUUGGUCGAAGGCGCUGUGAAGGAGGAGGAAAUUCUCAAUCUCAAUGUUUCCAACGUCGAGCAGCUCGAACAUCGACGACCGUCCAAUGCCGAUAUGGACGCGUUGUACAUAUUGUCCCCGGAAUCGUACGUGGUCGACUGUCUGAUGGCAGAUUUUGAGGUGGGCCGAUACAGGAAGGCAUUCUUGGUGUGGACUUCAUCCCUCGAUCCGCAGCAGCGAUCUCGGAUUGACCGGUCCCAAAUGGCGCGCGAGCGCAUUGCGGACUUUUACACUAUGAACAUCAAUUUCUACCCCAGAGAAGCGCGGUUGGUCACAUUCCGGGAUCCGUGGAGCUUCCCGGUGCUCUUCCACCCGGGUUGUAACAAUUUGAUUCGGCGUCAUUUGGAAGAAUUGGCCCAGAAGGUCGUCUCUCUUUGCGCUUCCCUGGGCGAGUACCCUGUAAUUCGGUACUAUCGGCCCCGAUCUCCGACUCACGAGGCCGCAGUUAUGUGCUCCCACUUGGCGCGUUUCAUUCAAAAUGAAUUGGAUCAGUUCGCGCAGUAUCAGCGUGACUUCCCGCCUCAAACAAACCGCCCCCGAGGCGUACUGCUCGUAGUAGACCGUUCCAUGGACUUGUUUGCGCCCCUCCUUCACGAGUUUACAUAUCAGGCUAUGGUCCACGAUCUUCUUCCUGUUACAGAUGGAGACAAGGUUACCUACAAAACAGUUUUAAAUCAGGGCAGCAAAAAUGAGGAGGUCAAGGAGAUGGAGAUUGGCGAAAAUGAUCGAGUCUGGGUCGCCUACCGCCAUAUGCAUAUGAAGGAUGUGCUUGGGAAACUGGGCGAGGACUUUGCCAAAUUCCGAGCAGCACACCCUCAGUUCGCAGAUGAUAACGACAAAUCUAAUGUGAACACCAUCAAGGAUAUGUUGGGCGGACUGACAGAAUUCCAAGAGGGUAAAGAUACCUACACGCUACACCUCAACAUGGCCCAAGAGUGUAUGAACUACUUCCAGUCCCGCAAACUCUUGGAAGUGAGCUCCACCGAGCAGUCAUUCGCCACGGGUCUGGACGAGAACUACAAAAAGGCAAAGAACCUAGCAGCGCAGCUCGUGCAGCUCCUCGAUGACGAAUCAGUCGUACAAGAAGAUCGGCUUCGACUCAUACUUCUGUACAUCAUGUAUCGUGGUGGAUUGCUAGGUGGUGACAUUCGCAAACUCAUGGCGCACGCUGGCCUCCCACCAAAAGACGGCGGGGUGAUUGCUAACCUCGAACUCCUUGGAGUUCGUGUCGAGAAGCCUCUUAAGGAUGAUAAGCCACCGGUGCAACCUCUUUUCAACCGGAAAAACCCACAGCCUGAAUCAGAGGAGCUCAGCUUGAGCCGGUACGAGGUAGCUGUCAAGCAGAUGCUCGAAGACCAGAUUCAGGGCAAUCUGGACGCGACUUCCUUCCCCUUCACACGCCCGCACACCGAGACGGAUGGCGCCAUAGCUGCCCAAGAAAUGCAGUCACAGCAGGCCUCUUUGCGCAGCGCAAAACCGACCUGGGCACGCACAAGAUCCGUCGACCAGCCCCGACAGCGUAUAAUCGUCUUCAUGGCCGGCGGUGCCACCUACAGCGAGUCACGAGCCUGUUACGAAAUUUCAGCGGCAUACAACCGGGACGUCUACCUUGCCACGACGCAUAUGCUGACCCCGAGUCUCUUCCUCCGCCAGGUAGGCGACCUCGGUGUUGACCGGCGGCGUCUCGACCUCCCAGCUGACCGCCCUAAACCUACUGCCCCGGCCCAUCUCUUCGAGCGCGAGGCCCCUCCAACUCCCGAUCCGCCGCCACAGAAGAAGAAGCCCGUCUCAACAGCACACCUCAACCCCCCAGCUCCACCAGAGGCGCUGAUGGCUGGUAUGUCAAUAAACUCAAACGGAAGCGGAAGCAGCCCUGCCUUAUCUGGCAGCGGGAAGAAGGAUAAGGACAAGAAAGAUAAGGAGAAGAAGGAGAAGAAGGAAAAAAAAUACCGUUUCUUCAAGUAG